AGUGCUGUAUGAGCAGUGAGUAAUGGAGGGCUGCUUUGAAUAGUUGAACUGCUUGGCUUGCUUGGUAGGAUCUAUUUAAAUUCGAUAUCUUGUUGUAGGCUACACAUUCGAACCAUGUUAUCUCCUAAACAACCGUGAGGUUAGUAGGCUAAUGACGUUAGCUUCUGUGUUGCAGACCCCAGUCCAGAAAACAGUUGGUUGCGUCAUCAUCAAAUGCCUCAUGAAACCUUUUUUCUCCACCUUCCCUCAGUUGCUGUCCUUGGUGCUGGGAACAGCGCUUUAUAAUACAAGGGAUGUGGAAGGAGAAAGUAAAUGAAAUCAGCUUGUUGACUUUAUUGGAUGUUGUGUUUUAGUGCGACCACACAUUACCAAUAUGUUAGGUUUACUCAUGAUUAAGUAAUUGAUUAAUUAAUUAGUUAUUUAGAGAGCCUUCUAUGGUGUCAGCUUAUUCAGUGACUUUCUCAGCAUGGUAUGCAAAAUGACAGAUAAUGGGGAUCAAUUCUGAGUUCAUAUUCAAUGCUUUGUCCUGAGUUCAAAUACAGUGACCAACAGAUCUGUAGCCCUAUAUCAGAAUCACACUUUAUCCCAACCACUACCCUUAACAAUUAGCUGAAACAACUUAAAUAUAUGAUCAUUGUUUACCUACACAGUAAGCAGAAGCAACAGACCAGUAAGCGCACAGUAUGGUGACAGUAGUAACAGGUUCCCACCAGUAGAGUCCACCAUGGGAGGUAUGGGCAGAGAGUGGUGCUGUGUCAUCCUUGCCAAGGUGGCAUGUGGCUUUACACGGAGUCACACACGAUCCACUCAACAUGAGGCAGGAGGAUACUGACGGUCAUUCUCUGUGGGUAGGAGAGUCCAUGUUGCUUUUGUGUGUUUAGAUCAGUCUGUCCAGUGCAUCAUGCAGACAGGAGCUCACCUGCUUCUCUGUCUCAUCCUGCACUAUGUGGAAGCUGCAGAGGCGUCACAGUGCUGGCAGGGUGCGACCUAUUCAGAGGCUGUGGUCUCCCCGGCCCUGAGGAGCAGCAAUAUCUUGCGGGUGCCGGACGUGUCAUCUCUGGCGCAGUGUGCCGGGGCCUGUUGUGAUCUGCCCGGUUGUAACCUGGCCUGGCUGUUUGAGCGUCGCUGCUACAUCCUCAGCUGCCAGCAGAGGGAGAACUGCCAGCCCAGACAAAGACCUGGAGCUGAUUCCUAUAUGGCCUUCCUGCAGAGAGGACCCCCCCAGACCCUGCUGCUCCAGUCUCUGGUCAGGGGGGAGCCCUAUCCCAGUCGCUGGAGGCCCCACCCCUCUGGGGACGUGGAGGCACUGAAGGACCUAGCCCUGUUAGAUGGGCCCCAGACGGAUUUUGGUGACCCAGGUGGGAUGGAUUUGGAAUACCCUGAGAGUGAACUUGGCCCUGAGGAUAACGGUGGGGAUCUUCCAGAUUGGCCUGCAGCAUUGGAAGGGAGGGAUGGUUUCAACCUAUCGGAAAGUGAAGGCAGGUUAGAGGGGCUGGGAUUUGCAACAGAAGGGGCUGAGAGCAGCCUGCCCAGUCCUUCCACUGGGGCGACAGUGAACCAGGGGGCACCCCCCGGCGACCCCACGCCUGGCGAUACACCUGAAAACAAGAAAGAUAGUGAACUACAGAACACAUCCAUGGCCAGCUCAGGGCCAACAUUCACGCCCAAACCACAGAAUGACAGUGUUCACUCCUCCCAACCGAGCCAAAUAAGGACUUUCCAUCCCAAUAAAGCCCCAUCUCAUCUGUCCAGUACUGUACCCCUGACCACAUCCACACAGACAGAGCUAACAUUGCCAAGGGACACAGUGGAGCUGGUAGCCUCCGUCGGCCCAGAGCCCCAAACUGCGGCGAGAAGGAACCAGACCCCCAAAGCCGUCACCCUCCCAGUAACCCAGGUCGUGUCACUUCCUGCCAGCUCAACCAUCAUCAAGGGCAGCCAGAGUUCUGAUGAUGGAGUGAUCAUCAGCCAUCACUGGGAGCAGGUUGGAGGUCCAUCCAUAGAGCUUGGAGCUUUCUCGGACACACAGAUUCCCAACCUAUCCAAACUUGCCCCUGGGGAGUACACGUUCAGGUUGACCAUUACAGAUUCUGCCGGGUUGUCAGACUCCACCACGGCUACAGUGAAGGUUAUUCAGCCAGUGGAGAAUGACCGACUGCCCUACCCCAGCCAUGACACCCUCACUCCCACCUCCAGCCCUGGCCUUGCUGCUACCCUGGCCCACAGACAGGGUGACCCUACUACAGCCACCUCCUUUGUCACUACCGCUGCCACUCAGAUGACAGAGAACAAAAACACCCCCAUAGCUGAGGUCAAGGAGUCAAAUGGAGCCCCUGUGGCUGUAGUGGGUCCUAACAGGCAGCUGACCCUCCCAGUGACCAGCGUUACCCUGGAUGGAAGCAGCAGCACUGAUGACCACGCCGUCACUAGCUACCACUGGGACACCAUCAGAGGUCCUCCAGGGUCAAGGACAGAGGGUGUGGACAAGCCCGUAGCCAUAGUAACGGGCCUCAGAGCAGGCCGCUAUACAUUUAGUCUGACUGUGAGUGACCAGGAAGGGCUGAAAGACAGUGCCUUUCUCACAGUCAGGGUUCAAGAGGCCAGAAGCCUUCCCCCUGUAGCACAUGCCAGCGGCAGCCAUACCCUCACCUUGCCCAACAACUCUCUGGUGCUCAGAGGCUCAGUGACGGAUGGUGACCCAGCCGAGAUGCACUUCCUCUGGUUCCGGGACAGUCAGAGCCCUGCUGCUGGGGACGUGUUGUAUGGUUCAGAGCAGCAGGCCUUCCUGUACCUGGCCAACUUGGUGGAGGGGACCUAUCUGUUCCAGCUGCAUGUCACAGACACCCAGGGACGCAGCAGCACCGCCACAGCCACCGUGGAAGUGCGGCCAGACCCUGGUGGUCGUGAGGAGGUAGAGGUGGAGAUGUUGGUGGCGCUGGCCCAAGUGAGUGUGUCACAGAAGGACACAGUGCUCAGACAGUUGGCAGCACUGCUUCACGUUCUGGACAAUGACAUCCACCUCAGGUGCCUAUGGGGACACUCAGAUCUCAGCACAGUGCUGAGGUUCUCAGUGCAGGGUCCUGAGGGGCCAGUCCCUGGUCCUAAACUGGCCAGUGUGCUGCAUGGUCAGCUGCUGAGGGAGAAGACUGACUACCUGCUCUUCAGAGUCCUUCGAGUGGAUACAGUCAGUGUUCAUCCCACACCCCACACAGUGUGCUUGCUCCGCUGCUCGGGCCAUGGGACGUGUGACCCAAUCACCAAGGAGUGUGUCUGUGACCCCUUUUGGACGGAGAACCUCAUUCGCAGGUUCUUUGGUGACGGAGAGAGCAACUGUGAGUGGCGGGUUCUCUACUUCAUCCUGUCCUUCUUCAUGGUCAUUGUCUUCAUCGUGACAGUCACUUGGGCAUGUGUGUACUGCUGCAAAAGGAGGAGUCGCACUAAGGUCAGGAAGAAAACCAAGUACACUAUACUGGACAACAUGGACGAACAGGAGAAAAUGGAGCUAAGGCCCAAAUACAACAUCAAACACAGGAGCACAGAGCACAACUCCAGCCUCAUGAUGUCCGAGUCAGAGCUGGACAGUGACCAGGACACCAUCUUCAGCCGAGACCGACCGGUCCGGAGCAGAAACCGGACCAAUGCUCAGGCUGCCCGCAACGGGAACACCUUCGGAUGAGUUGGAACACACAGAACUGGGGUGGUUAUCAGACAACAUGAGUGAAACCCACUUUUGGGAUUAUGGCAGGGGUGCACAGCUCGAGUGCCAUAGUGUCUGCUUGUUUUCGGUCUCGUCUUCUAUUCAAAUACUGGUUUCAACCAGGUGUGUACUUUCUAUGACAUUCAUUGGACAACUCAGCACCAGGGAGAUGUGAAAAUCCAAGGGCCGUAGAAUACUAUAGUUGGGCAUCCCUGGAUUCUGGGAACUAACAGUAGCAUUGAGUUUACAUGCAUACAGACUGUUUGAAUGAUUCGACACUAAGUAUGAAGGUGCUCUUUGUGAGGAGCACAGUGAGGUUCUGUGGCCUCACAUACUUCUACAGAUAACCAGAUUGGUGAAUGUACAUACAACUAUCCAUUAUGCAUACUAGUCUACCGACUACUACUGACCUUUAACUUUGCCUUGUUAUCCAAUAAUGUUUUUUUAUUGUCAUUAUUCUAUAGGAAAUGGACACAAGCCCAACCCUGGUUGUGAGCGUCUGAUGCCUCUCCUGUAAAUUAUUUGACAAAUUGGAUUUGUCAAAAUGGCUUGAGUGCACAUUUGAGAAAAAGUCUCAUGAUUCUUACAUUUACUACCCAAAGUCCAUCUUGUGAUGCUACUCGUGAAUGAUUUCAUCAGAAUCUAACUCAAUUUCUCUGUGAUCUCUCUCUAUGAGUGUCUUGGACUUUGACACAAUACAACACAGCAUUUUACUGUAUUUGAACUACUGUAUUGAGCUUGCACCCUUGUCCUCCAAACUAGUUGUAUAGUUUUGGUAUUUUUCUCAUUUGAAAGCUUCUUUAUGCUAAAUAAGCAUAAUGGGUCUCAUAAAUGGGCCCGAAGAAACAGAACCAGGCAUUUCAUGGGACAAUCCAUAAAGGUGCCAAACUGCACUAUGCACCAUAAACCUGUGGCUGACAGAGACCCUGUUCUAUCCAAGUACUUGGCAAAGCAUCCUUUCUUCCUUCCCUUGGUAAGAUCUAUUAUCUAACUUGAACAUGGUGGGUGACAUGCUUUCAAUCAGUAAUUCCUUUGUGUAAUGAUGGAUUUUUUGCCUCCUGAAUUCAGUGUCAGAGAAUGUCUGAUUACAUGAGUAUAGUGCAAAAUAAUGAUUGACAGUUCACACAGUUUAAGGGUUAAGAAGAGGACUGUUGGAUUUGAUAAGUAACGUUACUAUGCAGGACAGGUAACCAUUGAUGGAAUGGAUAAAAUACUUUAGACAUUAAAGCAACAUAACCAUGUCCAAUGGUUGCUUUACAUUUUUUGUUCUCGUAAGCGACUGGGGAGAUAUUUCCCCAAUAUGGACGGAAACACUAACAGUCAUCGAUUUUUCCCAUUACACCACCCACUUUUUGGUAUUUGCUCUGUUUACUUAACUAAUUACAGCUACCAAUGUUUUUACAGAUAACAUAUUGCCAGAAAUAAAACAAAUGCAUCAAAUCAA